GCUCUCCCUGCGUGGUUUAUCAUGGGAACCCCCUCAUAUACUGAAACUUACCUAAACCCCCACCACGUGAUACCCGCGUGACCGGGCAGUUAAUGUCGCUAAUUUCUCCGACUGUAAAUUGCACGAAGAAAUGGAGAAAAUGGGCUCUGAUUCUUCGCUGUCCGAUGUGUUAACCGGAAUCUUCAGGUGCUGUUAACGUCAAAGUCAAAGAGAAACACAUUUGGUCGGCUACACCAUCGCAUAUUUUUUCGCACUUCGGAACAAGCGGACUGGCUGUUGCAGUUGCGACUGGUGUCACUCAUCCUUUAGAUGUACUUAAAGUUAGGCUGCAAAUGCAACUUGUUGGUCAGAGGGGUCCUUCGACUGGAAUGGGACAAUUAUUUGUUCAAAUAUUGAAAAAUGAAGGCCCAAAGUCUUUGUAUCAGGGAUUAACACCUGCACUGGCAAGAUCAGUUUUGUAUGGUGGUCUACGUUUGGGCUUGUAUGAGCCCUCAAAGUAUGCCUGUGAUUGGGCAUUUGGGUCCACCAAUAUCUUGGUUAAGAUUGCAUCUGGAGCAUUUUCUGGUGCAACUGCAACUGCGCUAACUAAUCCAACUGAAGUUCUGAAGGUACGGCUGCAGAUGAAUUCUAACAUGAGCCAAGGACCGAUUGCUGAAAUGCGGAGACUCAUUUCUGAAGAAGGGAUGGGAGCACUGUGGAAAGGGGUUGGUCCUGCUAUGGCCAGAGCUGCUGCUUUGACUGCCUCGCAGCUUGCAACAUACGAUGAAUCCAAGCGGAUUUUGAUCAGGUGGACACCUCUUGAAGAAGGAUUUCAUCUGCAUCUGAUCUCAAGUUCAGUCGCAGGUGCAGUUAGUACCCUUAUGACUGCACCAGUGGACAUGGUCAAAACCCGUCUCAUGUUGCAACGAGAAUCUGGGAAAGUUGGAAGCUAUAAAAAUGGGUUUCAUUGUGCAUACAAGGUCAUGCGUACAGAAGGCCUAAGGGCACUUUAUAAAGGGGCCUUUGUUGUUUUCGCAAGAUUGGGUCCCCAAAGUACAAUUACCUUUAUUCUAUGUGAGAAGCUUCGCAAGCUUGCCGGACUGGAUGCUAUCUAGUGGUGGAAUUGUCUAUCUGCAGUCACCCACAAUAAUUUACCAUAAUGCAGGUGCCAACUAUGGGAACCUAUUUUAGUUAGUUUUUCUAUUCAUUCUUCCAUCAUUCUUUUUCUGGUUAUGGCCAGGUAUAUAACUAUUAAAUAUUUUGUUUCAUUAAAAAAAUCAACGAAAAUAGGCAACCUUCUGCUUAUCAAACUUAAACCAUCUUGCAUGACUAUGUCAAUAAAAGAAUUGCUGUACUGAUGCUCCA